UCGCCGCAUGCUAUUGUGGAAUUUCCAAAUAUGCAGGCUCAAAUAUGACAAAUAAUAUACGAUAGUUACCAGUGAGAAAUUAUACACGCGAGACGCUCGCGUUGAUUUACCUGUUCACAAACCGGACAAUCCACUGUCAACAGCUACACAUACAGAAUAUCGCAUACAAAUUUUUAUUAGCAAAGAAAGAACAAAUGGACAAUGGCAGCAGUUCCGACAAACUUUGAUCGUGAUGAAGAAAGUAAUUUAAAGGAUGAACAUCUUUCAGAAGAGGAAACAAAAGUUAAAGAACUAUUACAGAAAAGGAAGUCACAUAAAGAAUUAUUAGAGGAAAUAAAGAGAAAAGGAAGAGAAGAACUUGCUCAAAAUAGAGAAGAAAGAAAGACAAAAAGAGAAGAAAAGAGUAUGGCUGAAAGUGAUUCACCUGAUGAGGAAGAUUAUUAUAUCAGAACUCUCUCAGCAAUGUCCAUAUCACUACAGAAACCAGAGAAAGUACUUGGAACAGGUCUGGUUUAUGAUGAAUUAAUGCUCAAGCAUAAGAAUGACUGGGACCCCAAUUUUCCAGAGAAACCAGAAAGGAUUUCAGAGCCUUUCAAGAGAUGUUCUGAGCUUCAUUUGGUAGAAAGAUGUAUAAGAAUAGAGACACAGUAUGGAACAGAGGAUAUGGUAUUAUUACAGCAUACAAGGGAACUAUUAGAAAAAGUCAAAUCAACAAGUCAAAUGAACAAACAACAGUUGCAAGAAUUCAGUCAACAUUAUGAUUCUGUGUACUGUAAUCAGGCAUCGUAUGAAUGUGCUCUUGUUGCUUUGGGUAGCACAGUAGAAUUAAUGGAGCAAAUCUUAAAGAAGAAAAUUACAAAUGGACUGGCUAUCACAAGACCUCCAGGUCACCAUUCUAUGAAUGAUGCAUUAUGUGGAUUCUGUAUUUUCAACAAUGUCGCCAUAGCAGCAAAACAUGCAGUAGACAAUCUUGGUGUCAAAAAGGUACUUAUUGUGGAUUGGGAUGUUCAUCAUGGUCAAGCAACACAAAAAAUGUUUUAUGAUGAUCCAAGAGUACUGUAUUUUUCAAUCCAUCGCUACGAGUAUGGAAAUUAUUGGCCAAACCUCAGAGAAUCUGAUUAUGAUUUCAUAGGAAAAGACAAGGGCUUAGGAUUUAACAUAAAUGUUCCGUUAAAUCAAACGGGUAUGACUGACAAGGACUACUUAGCAGUGUUCCACCAGGUGUUGUUACCAGUAGCAUAUGAGUUUUGUCCAGACCUUAUUUUAGUGUCAGCAGGAUAUGAUUGUGCAAUAGGAUGUCCUGAGGGAGAAAUGAUGGUAUCGCCUGCAUGUUUUGGCCAUAUGACUCAUUAUUUGAUGGGAUUAGCUGAUGGAAGAGUGUGUGUUUGUCUGGAGGGUGGUUACUGUAUCAAAUCUCUGUCCGAAUCUGUGGCCUUGACAUUGAAGGCAUUACUAAGAGAUCCAUGUCCAUUACUACCUCCUCAAAUUGAACCAUCAGAUAGCGUGGCAGAAACCAUCUUAAAUGUAAUAAAAGUACUGAGGCCCCACUGGUCUUGCUUUCAUUACCAGGACUUACUGGAAGAUGAUUCUGAAGAUUUGUGUUCUUUUGAAGAGGUCAACAAAUUACCACCUAGAUCAGAUGUCAAAUUUAAUGAAGAAGAAAAUGAUUCAAAGAUGUUUCCAUUAACAUACACAUACCCAGAAGAAGUCAAAGAAGUUUAUUUUUUACAGAAAAAGUUUGACCCCAUCAUAGAUCAACUUAUUGCAGAGACAGCAUUAAUGAGACCUCCUUACAGGACCUGUAUAGUAUAUGAUGAUGAUAUGAGGGCGCACAAGGCUGAUUCUAGAGGCCAUCCUGAAGAUCCAGACAGAAUCACUAGAAUAUUCGAUAAACAUGUAGAAUUGGGUCUUUUGGAGAGGUGUCUUAGAGUACAAUCACGGCAUGCAACGGAAUCAGAACUACAGCUCAUACACAGUUCAAAAUAUGUAGAAGAAAUGAAAGAAUUACCAGAGAAGACUGUAUUUGAUUUGAGAAGACUAGCAUGGAACUAUAAUUCUAUUUACCUUUGUCAAGAAACCUAUAAUUGUGCCUUGUUAGCUACAGGAAGUUUAUUGAAUGUUGUACAUACAGUAUUGACAGGUCAGGCUUCCAGUGGAGUUGCAGUUGUAAGACCUCCUGGGCACCAUGCAGAGUGUACAAAAUGUAUGGGAUUCUGUUUCUUCAAUAAUGUAGCAAUCGCUGCUAAGUAUGCACAGGAAAAGUUUGGAUUAAAAAGAGUAUUGAUUUUAGAUUGGGAUGUUCACCAUGGUAAUGGAACUCAGCACCAAUUUUAUCAGGAUAACAGUGUUCUCUUAAUAAAUCUACAUCGGUAUGAUUAUGGUUGUUUCUACCCAUCAUCAGAAGAUGGUUCAGAAGAGAAAGUAGGAGAAGGAGAAGGAGAGGGAUACAAUGUUAACAUUGCUUGGAAUCAUGGAUUCAUGGGUGAUGCUGAGUAUAUAGCUGCUUUCCAUCAGAUUGUUAUGCCUAUUGCAUCCCAGUAUUCUCCAGAGUUGGUUUUGGUAUCAGCUGGGUUUGAUUCAGCAAUAGGUGAUCCCUUGGGUGGUUACAUGUUAUCUCCAUCUGGAUAUGCCCACAUGACACAUAUGUUGUCCAGUCUGGCCAAUGGUAGAGUUAUUCUAUCUCUUGAGGGUGGAUACAAUUUAACCUCUAUAUCUCACUCUAUGUGUAUGUGUACAUCAGUAUUGUUAGGAGAUUCAUGUCCUUCAUUACAAAUAACAAAACCUAUGGACAGUGCAAUAAAGACAAUUAAAAAUGUAUGUGAUGUUCACAAGAAUUACUGGAAGGGUCUUAAAUUCAGAGUAAAGAUUCCUGAUCUCAUACCUCCAAAAGAUCAAUCAGCAGGGAUUAAAGAUGAUAACAAAAAAAACACUGACUUCCUGCCAUUAUUUGAUUCUGACAUACCAAAAGAUGGAUUUACUGGAACAGAAUCAGGAAAAGGUUCACACCAAGGUGAAAAUAAAACAGAUACAGAAUCAAAGUCAUUAUGCAAUACUGAUAUAACAAAAGAUAAAACAUCAAAAACAAAAGACGAACAGGUUCCAGAAAAGAGUUCACCAAGACAAGAUAGAGAAAGAGAAGGUAUACCUGAAGGCAAAAUAAGUCAGCAUGGAGAAGAGAUGGACAAGUUAGCAUCAGCAACAGCAUCACUAACAGUAUCUGAAAGUCCAAAAGUGUUUAGUGAAAAAGUUGAAAUACAUCUAGAUCAUUUCCCAGAGAUAAACUUCAUUCAGAUAUUAAGAGCUAAACAGAAAACAUUAGAAGCAGAGACUAAGACCAAACUUUUCUUGAGAGGCCAAGCAUUAGAAACCAGGGGUGUAGAACAUACAGAAAAAAUUUUGUAUGUUCAUAUAUACUCAGAGAAAAAAGAGAAUGUUAGAAAUGCUGUUCAAAUGGUAAAUGAAAUUAAAGAUACAGAAAUUGAAUCAGUGAAUAGAAGAAAAAAUACAGAAAAUGUAGAAAACACAUCAACCAGCAGUUUCUGAAAAUGGUAGGAAAUUCAGUCAAUUAACUGGAACUUGAAUAAUCAAAGAUGGUUGCCACACAUGAAAUGAUGCCACUUUGUGAAAUGUAACCAGAAUUCCUUUUUUAUUGUGAUAUUAACAUAUGUAAACAGUGAUAAAUUAUUUUAUAUGAUAUACUGUGAAUGUUAUUAGAAAAAAAAUUAUUUUAAAAAAGAAAUAUGAGGAUAUAAAGGGGGAACAUUAGCCUCUCCUGAACAUUGGAAAAAUGUGUAAAGAUUUUAUUUGUUUAAGAACAAUAGGGAAAAUACCAUAAGUUAACUUUAUCUUUGUAUAUAAGUAUAAUUAUUUUACAAUACAGGAUAUAAAUAUUGAA